AUGCGCGCUCUUGGCGGUACCUUUAGUGGUUGGGGCAAGGCUAAUUACGACGACUGGGAAAAGACCGCUGUUAGACUUGAUUUCACCUUCGAAGAAGCAUACUUGGGUAAGAAUCCCCUGAUGCUAGUCGAUGUGCAAGAGAUACAGCCCGGGAAAAUGCCCCAAGCUAUAGUCUAUAUCGUCGUUGCGCUCGAUAACGGGGGAUUUCGCUACGGAUCAGGAACCGUCAUCGACAAUAACAUCGUUGUUACAGCCGGUCAUGUCCUGAUUUCUAGCUCUGGUCGCGCUGUUUCCGUGGAUGUCAUCGCUGGGGAAGGUGACACGAAAGAACUUCGACGUGGUAAAUGCGCUGCAAUUCACGGUAGAUGGUAUUCCAUGCAGGCGAUCGCCAAUGAUGUCGGCGUGAUCGAAUUGAAUGAACCAUUCAAGAACGUCCAGCCCCUGACCUACAUUCAGAGCCCCAUCGCCAAUGACACCGGAGGUAUCGCUACUGUCUACGGUUUCCCCAAGGACGAGUCUCGGUUUUUGCAGAAUGAACGGCUACACAAGAGCCGGGCCCCAUGCAAAUAUAACCCGACCUUCAAGAUGAUUCAACAUGAAGGAGACUCUAUUGGGGGAGUCUCGGGAGGUCCAAUGAUCGACAAGUUGGACAAAGUUAUUGCUAUACACCACGGAUGGAAUAACGAUAAGGAGACAAGAGAAGUAGUCAACCUUGCCGUCACAAUUGGUCACAAUGGCAACGACUUUGCGGCCCUCCGCCAAGUUCUUGGGGCGUCGUCUAUCCCGGGUUCUACGUCCCAUACCCAAGACCAAAGCCAUACUGUUGAGUGUAUGGGAAUGGUCACGGAAAUUAACGGCGUUAUUUAUAAAUGGUGA